GACUGUCACUGCUGCAGUCGCUUAGUAAGACUGGGCCUGCAAACAGUCCAUGAAGGGCCCUCGUCAUUAUUCCACUUACAUCACCGGGUUGUUCAGUAUACAGGUACGUACACAAUCGACUGACAAGACAACUAAUGCUUCUAUAAUACACAGAAACGUUUUGCUCUCUCAUCACGACUAUUUUUCAAGGCCACAAAGAGGACUAGCUGGGUUCUCAAGAAUGUUUAUCCUGUGUAUAAUCUAAAGAUCUUACUAAAUGUCACUAGAACAUUAAAAACACCCUUCAAAACACGUACGAUUUUGCCUCCAGUAAGUUUAACGCUAGUAUUUGGCAAGUCUCCGAGCGACGCCCCUUCUCUCUCUUUGUGUGCACGUCAAGGCCUGAAUAGUUCAACCCAAGGACAACAGCCAACAAACAAAUAUACUUAAAUGAGGCCUGGAAGUGUAUAUCAGGGUGGAUAGAGAGAGAGAGAGAGAGAGAGAGAGAUUGUCAUUUCUUGCUUCCCAAAUAAUACAUCCACAUGUAAGCACUACACCGAAAUACUCUUUGACACUAAAUUUGACUCACUCAUCGUCUUUUAAUAGAUCUUCCCUAGUGACAGGUAGAGUGUUAUGAAAUAUAUGAAUAAAAAGUAUAUUAAAUUUUCAUCCUUGUUAUUACUAAAUAGAGUGAAAUAUAGGAUCAUAAUAGUUUCACCAGAAAGCAGAUUAUUGUUACUUUUUUGUUUCCAUAGGAACAUAAAACUAGGGCAGGCCUAUCUAUACGUGGCAGUCCCUGUAUACAAGAUACCUUUUUUCCACUUAUCAUUCCCAUCCAUAAAUUUUCAUUCUUUUAAACCUCCCUAAUAACGCAGCAUUAACAUGAUUACUGAGUCUUUUCCAGUCAUCUACCACUCUUUUCCUUCCUAUUUUUUUUUUUUCUAAUAUACAUGUAAGAGAAACUCUGGCCAAGGGGUACUAAAAUGCAACGAACAAAAGCCUGCUGAAGGUGUCAGUGCCUAAAGAGUUGAAUGAGAUAAGAGAAGCAGUGUCUUCAGAAACCUGGAUGGAAUACAAAGAAAUCACAGCAUAGCAAUACAUUUGUAUUUCCCGCCAUCUGCACGUCUCCACUCUCCCAGCAUCUUGACGCCAUUUUGUCCGCUGUGUUUCCUCAGCUGUGUAAGGAAAACAAAAAUAUGCAAAACACGUGACUACUGAGGACGUGUUUGCCGCUGGAACACACCACAAAUUAAUGAGCACAAUGAAGGGAGUAGAGAGCAAGCAGCUGGUGGAGUGCAUGAUCUGCGGGGUGCUAGUCGGCUCCGUGUUCAGCUACCAUAAGCACAACGUGAGGCAGCAUUCCCUGGCGCAGCUGUCACGGGCCAUUCUCAAGCUGAGGAACCUGAAACUACCCCUGGUGGAUCCCGGGGAGGAGAACGCGACUGACGAAGGCGAUGACGAUGAAGACGAGGAUGUGAUGAGCGGGGGCAUCAAUGACCCAAUGGAUGUUCUGAAGUUGCCGGUCAAGGUGGAGGUAAUGGAUGAGGUUAUAGAACUUGGACCUACAGAUAACUCAGACCACCUGCAAGUUCAAAGUCGCCUCCUUAAUAGCUCUGAUGAGGCCAGCCAGCACUCCAGCCAUGUCAUUGAGGUGAAGGAGAACCACCCCCCGCCUUGCCUCUUCAAUCCCGUGGUGGAGGACCCCAAUGCCAUCACCGUUAAGUUCAAUAAGGAGCUGGUUACAGCCAGGGACAACAGCUCCUCCUCUGUGCUCUUCCCUGAGGCCAGAAAGAAGGGCAAGGAGGGGAACACUAAAGUCUUGAGGGCUACUUUCAAGAGUACCAUUGAGAUCCCAAAUCCAAACUCAUUCAUUAUGGACUAUAAAAAAGCUAUGUCUCAUUCCUCAGAGAAGUAUGUCAUGCAGAACAUUGACAGGUUAGCUCCUGUUGUCAAGAAAAAAAGAGGACGCCCUAGAAAGAAUCCAGAAAACUCUAGAAGUAAUGACACUCGAGUACCAGCCAAAGGUGAAGCCAUCAGGAAUGAGGCAAAUGAUGAGGAAGAUGGUGCCUUUGUUGGUGAUCCUCCUCUGUUUUCAGAUGAAGAGGACGAGGAAGAUAAUUCAGUUGCUGUUCCUAGUAUUACUAAAACUCGCUCUGGCAGGAAGGUGAAAAUAAAAAAGGAAGAUGGAACUUUUAGUUAUUAUGAUAUGCCUGGGAGACCUCACUUGGAAGCAGAGGACAUGAAUACUUCAAAACAUGAGGAAGAAGAAUAUGGUUCUAUGAAGAAAAGUAAAAGAGGAAGAAAAAGGAAAAUUUUGCUAGAAUCUGAUAAAGUGACCAUAGAAUCAUCAUCUAACACUGCCUCUUGCAGUUAUGAUGAAAGUCACAACAUGAAGACAAAUGUAAAAAAGGAAUUUUGUGUAGAAGUAAGUGAGAAGGACAGUCAAACCAAAGAUGACACUGGUAAUGAAAACAUGGUUACCAGAGAAAAUAGGGAGGAGGAGACAAUUCAGAAUGUGAAUAUUUCUGAUACAGAUAAGAAGACAGAUGACUCAGGAGGGGGAGGGACAACAGCAACUGUGAAUAGUCUGAAUGAAUCUUUCUGCUUUCUGUGUCUCAAGGUGUUUAGUGUUAAGGAAGACUGUGAGAAGCAUAUGUGUGAGCAUAUUAGUAGAGUUACCAGUGUUAAUAGUGAGAACACACAUGAUAAUGAACACCAGGGAAACAGUGAUGAAGAGAUGACUGAGAUCAUUACAUUGUCAUCCAAAGACCUGGAGGCAUCAGAGCUAGAGGAGUCCCCUGACAAGACUUCUGUUUCUUCCCUCACUGCUGGAGACUCAGGCAUCAAGAAUGAAGAGUCACUUGUAUGUGCUGUAUGCAAUAAUGUGUUUGAGUCUCAAGUCUCAUUUAAUAAUCAUUCCCAUGAUAAUGUUCAUGACUGCAAAAUUUGUGGAAAGAAAUACCAGAACAGAGUAAAUCUUCAAAGCCACAUCAAGAAGUACCAUGAGGAGACAGAGUGGAUGAAGUUCAGAUGUGCAACAUGUGGAAAAAGCUUUGGGUUUUUACUAGCCUUGGAGAGACACAUGAAGGAACACAAUCCUAAUCAAAAGUUUUGUUGCGACCAGUGUGGUAAAGUUUUUAAAAGUCUGACAAAUCUGAAAAACCACAUUCCUUUACAUACCAAGGAUGAGGUGUUUAGGUGCCCUUAUUGCCCCAAGUACUACUACAUUAGAUACAGUUAUGAAAAGCAUGUAAGAAGUCAUGUGUCUCCUCCAAAGUUUCAUUGUGAAAUAUGUAGCAGAAAUUUCAAUGACAAGAAGUAUUUUGAGGUACAUUUGGAGAGGCAUCAGAAAGGGGGGUGUUUGGGAAGGAGUAAAGAUUUCAGGUGUAAUAACUGUGGAGACAUAAAAACACCAGCAGAAUUAGAGAUUGUGAGUGAAGCUGAUCCAGGCCACCAUAAGACUUGCCUAGUGUGUGGUAAAGGCCACUAUAAAAAGUUUAUGUUGGAAAACGUAGACCCUGUAACACUUCAAGAAAAAGGUGAGAGGGAAAGAGAACAGUGUAAAUUGUGUGGGAAAUUUGUCAUAAAUCUACUGAGGCAUGUCAGAAGCACACACCUUGAGAACUCUUAUGUCCCCUGUGAUGUGUGUGGGAUUGUGGUCUCCAAGGCAUCACUACCAUCUCAUAAGAAUCGUAAGCAUGGGGGCUCAGCAGUCACUUGUGACCACUGCAACAAGGUCUUCAAGAACAUAAUGUGCCUACGAGAACACAUGACAAAAGUGAGGAAAAAGGAAGACCCAUCAAGGAAUAUUUGCAAGUUCUGUAGAGAGCUGGUGCCCCCAGAGCUGUGGAAGGAACACAUGGCUAAACACAAGAUGAAGUGCAGUGAAUGUGGAGCUUCUGAAUUCAGGAACCAUGAUGAAUUCAUGGCUCACUUGGAAGCUUGCAGAAGAUGCAGCAGCUGUGGUGCUGUUGACUUUGCCACACGUGAAGAAUAUCUUGCCCAUGUGGAGAUGUGUGGAAGCAGCAUUGACAUCAUGACAGGCACUCUUGAUGCUGCCAGUGAUCAGGAGGUGGUGACAAGCAUAUUUGCAAUAGUAGAUGACAGCACUUGUUGUGGGACUUGUGGUGAAGACUUUGAGGACCAACUCUCCCUUGCCAAUCACAUCACUGAAGUGCACCCUGAUGCCCUGCCCAUAGACCACACCCUGGAGGAGGCAGGCAGUGGGGGAGACACUUUAUAUGCUUGCCCACAUGAAGCUUGUGGGAUAAUUUUCAUGAGUAAAGAAUUGUUAAGUGAUCAUUUGUCAAGUGAUCACCAUACAUAAUUUGUAAUCAUGUAUAGUGUCUUAUACCUGACAAAUAUUAUGUACAAAAUCUUAGUAUGAUUACCAUGUCAAAAUAAAGCAAGUAAUUUUG